AGCGAAAUGAUCAACCCUGGUGCCGUAGCAAAAUGCUGGAUGGACAUAUACUCCUUGGAUGGAUAUCCUUCACAAUUAUAGCCCUCCUUACAAACUUGCCAGAGCCAGCCACUGCUUAUUUUGGUUUCCGUAAUUUUACAUGGCACAGAAUAAGACUUAAUUGGUCUGUAAUUACCAGGAUCCAUUUUGCCUUCCAUGUUGAUGGACUGGAUUCUUCAUUUGCAACUUUCCAAUCCUCAGGUUAACAGGUAAUGAACCCCUGUCUAUCCUGCCUAUAACUGUGGAGUCCGAAGAGGCAGUAGGGAAGACUCACUACAAAUUAUGCGACAGGCUGAAGCUGGAAAGGAAGCAAAGGCGGAUGUGUAGACGUGACCCUGGAGUGGCAGAAACAUUGAUGGAGGCCAUAAGUAUGAGUGCACUUGAAUGCCAGUACCAGUUUAGGUUUGAGAGAUGGAACUGCACUUUGGAUGGACGCUUUAGAUCCAAUCUGCUUAAGAGAGGUUUUAAAGAAACCGCAUUUUUGUAUGCAAUUUCUUCAGCGGGUCUGACUCAUGCUAUGGCAAAAGCCUGCAGUGCCGGCAGAAUGGAGCGAUGUACAUGUGAUGAGGCACCUGACCUUGAAAACAGAAAGGCCUGGCAAUGGGGUGGCUGUGGAGAUAACCUCAAAUACAGCAAUAAGUUUGUAAAGGAGUUCUUAAGCAAAAAAUCAAACAAAGAUUUACGGGCUCGAAUGGAUCUGCACAAUACAAAUGUGGGAAUGAAGGUAAUCAAGGCUGGAGUGGAAACUACAUGUAAAUGUCAUGGUGUAUCAGGCUCCUGCACUGUUCAAACCUGCUGGCGGCAGCUGUCACCAUUUCAUGAAAUUGGCAAGCAACUCAAGCAGAGGUAUGAGACCUCCCUUAAAGUGGGCAGUAUCACCAAUGAGGCAGCAGGAGAAGGGGAUAUCAAUCCUGCCAGGAUGCAACCCUCUUUGGCACCCAGCGAUCAAAUUCCAAGGACAACUGACCUCAUUCACACUGAUGAUUCUCCAAGCUUUUGUCGUAUUAGCAAAUACUCACUGGGCACAUCAGGAAGGAAAUGUUAUAAAGACAAGAAUUGUGAGAGCAUCUGCUGUGGUCGUGGAUAUAACACUCAGAGCCGUGUUGUGACAAAACCAUGUCAGUGCCAGGUUCGUUGGUGCUGCUAUGUGGAAUGCAAGCAGUGUACACAACGAGAAGAGGUCUAUACCUGCAAAGACUAGUGCUGAGCCACCUAUAGUGAUCAAAUUACCUUUAUUGAAAAAUAGCUAUGAGGGUGGGAAAUGAUUUCCUCAUAUUAUCAAGCAGUAGGUAUUCUAAAAGAUUUUUGAAGCAGAUAAAUCAGUGUAAUUAGUUCUAAAAAUUCCAAGAACCCUAGUGUAUCUCUCUGGUGUGAAGAAUUCCCACUAUUGUCUGAAAUAACCACCCUUAACACAUCAAAAAUAAGAAAAGACAGAUCAGGUGCAGUAAUUGGAAUACAUCCAGACUUUUAUUGGACCAGUAAUUAUUCACAAAUCUUUGAAUCAAAAUGAGAGUAACCAGAUAUAUUUUAAGUAAAACACCUUAAUAUAGUGACAGAUUUAGAGGAAAAAUAAUCAAUAAUUGCACAGACAAGAAAAAUUGUUUAAUUUAUAUCAGUCUGACAAGAGAUUUAAAAAUAAAUCUCUAAAAUGACUUUGUAUUGUAACAGGGUAUUAAUGAGUUUUUGGGCUUUGUUAUUUGCCACUUUUUCAAGUUUGACCACUAGGCCACACAUACCAUGUUGGUACUGUGAGGCUUUUGUCCUGGAUUUUUAUUGCUAUUAUACAGUAUAUUCUUUAACUUUAAUGGCACAUGACAAGUGCUUUUAAAUGAUGUCACUCCA